UAAAGUUUUAUAUGGUUAGCUUUCUCUUUCUUUAACUUUAGUUGUUGUUGUUGUCAUUGUUUUUUUAUUUUUAUUUUUGGUUCUGAUUGAAUUAGUCUUGGGCUUGGUAACUGGACAAGUUGUAAUUUAAGAUAUUUUGUAGCUUAACAUAGUUCAGAGUUCGAUCAGCAACAGAAUUCGACAGCAUUGAGGAUGGCCGAAGUUUUACAGGCACAUCCUAAGGUGGCUCAGGUCUAUUAUCCUGGCUUGAAAAGUCAUCCUGAACAUGAACUUGCCAAGAGGCAAAUGACUGGUUUUGGUGGUGUCGUCAGUUUUGAUAUUGAUGGCGACUUACAUACCACCAUCAAAUUCAUUGAUGCACUUAAAAUUCCAUACAUUGCCCCAUCUUUUGGUGGCUGUGAGAGUAUUGUGGAUCAACCAGCAAUUAUGUCUUACUGGUACUGCCCUUGA